CUGAUCAGACUCACUCCAGAUCGAUGGCCAGAGCUUUGUGAUUUAAAAGAAAUCUUUUCUUUUGGCACAGGUAUGAAGUAGCUACUCUUUAGUGUCUGUUUCAUUAUUACAUUUAUUUUUCCAGCUACUACAGCCUUCUGAUUUAUUUUAAUUUUUUUUACUCACUCUGAUAAUUUUAAGAAAGAAAUGAACAUUUGGAAACACAACUAUUACUGUUAUGGUUGCAAAUGGUUUGUAUGUUUUAUAGUGUCCUGUUAAACAACAGCUAAAGUCUGCGUGAGGUGUAUGUACACUGGGUAUGUCAGGAAAACUGUAUAAUGUUGAAGUCAUAGAAUGGGUUGGGUUGAAAAGGACCUUAAAGGUCAUCUGGUUCCAACCCCCCUAACAUGCUGUGUACUGACAAAAUGUUCAGUGUUUGGACUCAGUGCUCCUGUACAAAUUGUGUGGUGCAGCUUCUCUGCUAGAGAUUGCAGUGAAGAGCAUGAGAAGAGGUCACAGAGUUAGGGGGAGGGGCAUGGAGCUCAUUAGUAGUAAUUUUAUGGAUUUCUAAGGUUGUUUUCACUAAGAAGUUAUGCGUCACAGUUAUGUGACAGAUGCAGUUUUGAAGGUAGUAGCUGACGUAGUGCAGAACAUCAGUGGUUCUGGUCACUAACACGUUAGCUGGUCACAUUCAUCUCCAUCCUUACCAACUUUUGGAAAUAUAUCAUCUGAUUAGACUUGUCCAUAAUGUCUGAGUUCUCUUAUGGUAUGACAAGCUGUGUAAGAAAUUCAUUGUGAAAACAUGCAAGAACUAUUGACUAACACACCAGUAGGAGUGGACUCGGUUUUCAUCAUUUGAGUGUAACUUUUCUUUAUUAUGUACAGGAAACCUUGUGAGCUUGUGAAAUCAAGCCUUAACGACAGUUGCUUCUGUUGAGUCAGCCCCACUUGCCUUUUACAUUCUUCUGGUAAUCGUAUUUUUAGUUUCUCUCACUUCCUCAUUUCACAGUUUUCUCUUUCAUUUUUUCACUCGUGACAUGAGCUGUGCUGUCUGGAGAAGAUGUAACAAAGGAGGCAGAAAUUCUUUUUCUUCACGAAAUUUAUGAUGAAGAUAACUGAUAGCACUGAAUUAGGGUUAAUUAAGAUUGCAGAGAAUUUGACAAAAUAACUGCGUAUUCCCUGGAGACGAGUGAGAAAGAAUGACCCUGCUGAAUUUUCGUUCCUCUUUCUCCAAAAUGAAGCAUUCCACCCAAUACCAAUCAAAAUAAGUCAAUAUGUUUGAGUUUGUUUUUUUCAUUUUGUUCACUCCUGGAGUCAGUGGAUUUUUUUGUACAUCGUCAGAUCUAGAACUGUCUUAUACUUUUUGUGAUUCUUCAGCUCAUUAUUUCAAGUUUAAUGUGACACCCUGCAGCAUACUGAACAAGUCCGUCUGGCAUGCUGCUCUUACCUGGAUUCCAAAAAGUGAUGUUGCCUUUUUGAAGAUGGUCGUCACAAUCUGGUAUGAAGGUGCCAGAGCAUUGCACUGGAAAGACGUUCUUUGCAGUGGGACUGACGAUGAAUAUUCUCUGUGUGGAGGGCUGAAAGGAGAAACAAUUGCAGCAGAAUUUGACAUUAAAGGGACAUUAUACAGUUAUUUUACAAGCAUUCUCUGAUGAUUCCGAGCAGAAUAUUGUCAUGUGCUUGAAUUUCACCAUGAUAUUGAAGCAAGAUGCUUUCUGAAUUCAACAAACAUUUCAAAUAAAUCCAGAGCAUGGAGGGUCCUUCUGCAAACAACUGGAAUCCAUCUUAUGAAAUAUCAAACACUCCAAUUUUCCUGAGGUAGAACACAUCAAGUUCUGUGUGGAAAGCAAUGUGAUGGAGUCUUAUCCAUUUAUAACAUGUCUGUGAUCAGAUGCUCAGCCAAUAUACACAACUUCCUUCUCUCGGAGCUUGGCAUUCCGUUGAAUCCACAGUAUAACUCCCGAUGGUCAGACUGAGAACUGCAUUUCAGUGCCAUGCCUUGAGUUAAGGAAAAGCCAAGUAGUUCAAACUAUGCUAAAUUAAUACAAGAAUUUUUAAAGAUUUGAAGUACAAGAAUGAGGAGUAGUCAACUUAAAAUACAACAGCAUUUCAAUCUGGAAAAACUGUCUUUCUGUUUUUUUCCUUUUGACAAUAAAUUUGUUCGUACAAUCAA